CACAAAACAAGCGCAGCCUGACUAUGACCCGCCCCCGCGAACCAGAAACAGCAGAUAGUCGGACGGAUAGCGCAGAAGAAAGCCAGGCUGGAGCUGCCCUGGGAAGUCAGGAGUCUGCCAGAGUCAACGCACAACAACGCCAUUUCACCACCAGCCACGGGAACAGAAAACUAAAGCUACAGAAUGGCGGUGGAUAUCUACGACUCUCAGUACCUGCUCAUCCUGGCCCCUUCCCUGGUCAUUGCCCUCAUGUUCCUCUUUUUCUGGCUCUUCAUGAAGGAAACCUCCUACGAUGAGGUGCUGGCCAGGCAAAAACGAGACCUAAAGCUACCACCAUCCAGGCCAGACACCCGUAAGAAGAAUGAAAAGAAAAAGGGCAAAAAGAAGGAGAGUGCCAGCGGCGGAGGUGGAGGAGAGUCGGAAGAGGAUCUUAGGGAUUUUGAUGUGGCUGAUGGUGGCAACAGCUCCACUCUGGAGGUAGAGGAGGAACCUGCACUAGUGGCUACACCAGAUCCGGCUCCAUCAACACCUAUUCCCUAUGUGCCUGUUUCAGUGUCACCCGAUGCUCCUGUUGUUCUUAGGGAGAGAAAGAAGAAGGAGAAAAAGGCUGCCAAGGCUGCCGCAGUUGCUGCUGCUGCAGCUGCCGCAGUUUCUUCUGAGGAGCCAGAAGUGAACGGCUCAAAGCCAGUCAGCCGCAAGGCAGAGCCACCUAUGGCUGCGGGCAAACACUCCAGCCCUCCCUCUCCCCAGCUUGAGGUUCAGGUCCCGGUCCAAGCCGCUCAGGCUCCUGUUCAGGCUCAGACACCUCCCCAGAUCUCUGGGAAGAAGAAGGACAAGAAGAAACAAAAAGCAGAGCCUGUUGCAGUGAAUGACCAGCAGCCAGAGGUUAAGUCUGAGCAAGCUCCAGUCAAGAAGGAAGCUCCCAUUGUGGCUGAAUCCAAAGUUCUGGACAGUGCAACCCCAAGUGCUACCACUGGCAAGAAGAAGAACUCUGCCAAGAAGCAGAAGACCGAACCUGUCAAUGCAGAUGAAGCCCAUGUUCUGGCUAACUCUGCAGCUUCUGCCAACCACCAGGCAGGCCAUAACGAUGAUGUACCAUCCAAAGGGAGUGGCAAGAAACAGAAGAAUGAGACCGACAAAGAGAACACGGAGGUGAAGCUGAAGGAGCUGCUGUCUGGUCUGUCCAGCCUGGCUCUGUCAGAGGCCGAGGCUGUCAGUGUGGCGGCUCUUCUCCGGGAGAAGAACCCUAAUGCUUUGAAUGCCUGGCAAAAAUCUGCAGCUAGGCCUGACCCAGCUGCACAGGAACGAGAGAGACUUCUUACAACUUUACAAGAAGAGGCUUCCAUUGCCAAGGACAAAGUGAAACAGCUUAGCCAGGAGGUUCAGGUUGAGAAGCAAAAGACAAGCCGGAUGGAGGCUGUGAUGAGAGAGCAACGUGCAGCCAUGGAGAAAGAACUGGGCAGCAUGCAGGGCAAAGCACAAGGCAGCUACCAGGAGCUCCAGUCCAUGCAGAUAAAGUUCCAGCAGGUGAGGGAGCAGCUGGAAAGCCAGAUCACUCGACUGCAGCAGGAGAACGGCAUCCUGAGGGAUGCAGUCAGCUCUGCCACCAACCAGAUGGAGAGCAAGAAUUCAGCCGAGCUGAACAAGCUGCGUUCUGAGUACACCGGCCUGAUGAAAGAGCUGGCAGACAACAACGUCAAGCUGCAGCAGGAGGAGCACCAGAGGAAGUCGCUGGAGGUCAACUACAAGCAGAACGUGUCCCAGCUGGAGGCCCAACUGCAGGAUGCUAAGCGAAGCUGGGAAGAACUGCAGAAAUUCCUCCACAAUGUCAAUGCUGAGAGAGAGAAACUUCAGGCCUCAAACCAAGAUCUGCACAGCCAGCUGGUGGCAGUAGAGACAGAGAUGAACAACAAGAACAAGGAGAUCCAGACCCUACACAGCAGCCUGACUGAAGCCAUGGUUUCCAAGGAGCGGCUGGAGCAGAGAGUGAUGGAGCUCAUGGAGAUGUCCCAGCACAGUAUGCCUGAUGACUCAAUGCAAGCCCAGGUUCAGGACCUUAUAAAUGAAAACAAAGGUCUUCAGGUCCAGAGCGAGACCCUGCAAAUCCAGAAUAAGUCCAUGCAGGCCCAGAUCUCAACACAGGUCACCCAUGCCUCUCACUUUGACGAGCUACAGAAGCUAUUGGCUGAUAAGGAGUUGCAGAGGAAGAGUCUGGAGGAUUCUCUAAAUGCUGAGAGGAGCAGUGGGGCCAGUAGAGAAACUAACAUGCAGGCCUUGCACAAUGACAACAUGUCACUGAAGGCAGAAAUGCAUAAUCUGCAGGCACUGAUUUCUGAUCAGACUGCCUCCCAAAUGGCUUUGGACCAGUUCCAGAAGAGCGUCCGGGAGAAGGAGGACAACAUGAGAACUGUAGAGGACCUGCUGGAGAAGGGGCUGAUUGAGGUGGCCAACAAGGAGGAAGAGCUCAAGGCUGUAAGAGAAGAAAACCAGGCACUAAAACAGGAAACCGAGGCCUUUCAGAGAAAGACAGCAGAACAGGCAUCAUCAGAGUCGAUAGUGGAGGAACUCCAGAGCAUGAUCCAAGAGAAGGAUGUGAAGCUAAAAUCAAUGGAGGAGAGUCUACAGACGGCACAAGACGGCAGCUCUGCCAGAGAGAAGACAGUUGAGGCUCUGGAGCAGCAGUUGGCUGCCCUGCAGGCGGAGAUGGAGCAGCUUAGACAGAUGGAGACGUCAGAAGAGCUGACCAGUUCUGGUGCCCAGCUCCAAGAACUCCAGUCUCAGCUAGCAGCAAAGGACCACGAGAUCCAGACGCUGCAGGCUGAGCUGGAGGCAAGGACUAAGGACCUGAGUGAGCAGGUGGAGCAGAUGCACCAACAGCAAUCCCACACUGCAGUGCCAAGCCCAGAACUUCUUACAGCGUUGUCAGAGAAGGAGAAGCAGGUCUCAGAUCUGCAGGGUGAGCUGGCUGAGCUGAGGGACUCUGUGGAGCUUCAUAGGAAGAAGAACAACGAGCUUCGGGAGAAAAACUGGAGUGCAAUGGAUGCUCUGUCAGCCACCGAAUCCAUGCUUCAAGGGAAACUCGGCAAAGCUGUCAAGGAGAACCAGGCCGCACUGGCAGUGUGUCAGGCCGAGUGUCGGGAGGUUCUGCACAGACUUCUGCCCCAUGUGCCUCUGCCCAGUGAGCAGAACCAUCAGGAGUGGCUUCACAUAUUUGAGGGGGCAGUGGCUGAAAGCUCAGCUGCACAAUCCACCCCUGCAUCAGGGGACUCUAAGGAACUGACUGAGAAGCUGAAAGAAGCUGAUGAAGCCCAAAGGAUUCUACAGAAAGACUGUGAGACGUACAAGAAGGUGUUGGCAGAGACAGAGGGCAUCCUUCAGCGCCUCCAGAACAGCGUGGAGCAGGAGGAGUCCCGCUGGAAGGUGAAGCUGGAGCUAUCGCAGGGAGAGUUCAGAGAGAUGAGCCAGAAAGUCACAGCUCUGGAGGGGGAGAUUGAGAGACUAGCUGAUGGAGCAGAUUUGGAAAAUCUCAGAAGAGAAAAGCAGCUCUUGGAGUCUGAGUUGGAGCGGGCGGAGCGUGAGAGUGCCACCUAUGUAACAGAGGUCAGAGAGCUCAAAGAUCUGUUGAUUGAGUUGCAGACCAGACUUGAUGGCUCAUAUACAGAGGCUAUCAGACAGAAUGAGGAGCUGAAUUUGCUGAAAACCCAGCUCGCUAAGACUCUGUCCAAGCUGGAGACGGAAGAGAACGACAGGCAAAAGGUGGCUGGAGACCUGUAUACGGCCCAGCAGUCUCUUGAUCUGAUCCAGGGGGAGCUCUCAAAAGUGACAGAAAACGCUGAUGACCUGAUAGAGGAUAGCAGCCUGUCGUCACAGAGGGAGGAGAUUGACAGAAAGGAGAAAAUGGCUGCAGGACUGAACCAAACAGUCAGAGAACUGCAGCAGCUGCUACAAGGCGUCAGCCGGCAACUCACCAAGAGACCGGAAGGGGAGGCUGACAAAGAUCUGCCCAAGGUAUAGUGAGAGGAGGACAGACCCCCACGCAGCCCCCCUGACUGCACUACAGAGACCACCUUUGACCUUCGGUCUCAACACUACCACCGUCACACCAUACUGUCACACCCAGCCACACCCUUUCCCCAACCUCCGUCACCUCACCUGUACUGUAGGCAGCCUCCAACUGACUGGCCGAGGCGCUGGCAAACCACUCCCAGUCUGAAUGUUGGCCGUAAGGGAGCAGGCAGAAAUUUACUGUUAUUUCCAAACACUGUACCAAAACAGCUCCACUCCCACCACAUUCCUCUUUUUCAGCAGCAUCGCCCGUUAAUUUUUUAUUCUAUACUUAAAAAUGACAUCGUGCAUAAUUUAAACUGCGUGGCAACCAUUCCUCUGUUUUUAAAACACCUGUAUUUUUCAAUGAAAUCCUUUUUGAAUACUGCAGUAGUUUUUGUUAUUUGUCAAGAGAUGGCAGUGAUACAAAUUUCCAACUUGAUGAGACAAACUUUGAGUUUUCAGUACUUUUUUCUUAACUUAAAAGAUGUGUAUUGUUUAAAUGUUCCAGUUAGGACCUGCUGAAAUACACUAUGUUGUUGAUCCGUUUGCCUCCUGAUCAGAAAACAUCACAAACUGUGCGUUCAAGAAUUCAUAACUCCAUGCAUACUUUGCUCAGUAUUGGGUGGGAGAAGGGGUGAUCAGGGUCUCAGCAUAUCAGAAGGGUCACUGCGUGAUUUUUAACUAUGGAGACGCAUGGACAUGUUGUAGUCAAGUCUGUACUGCAGCUCCAGAGAGAAGGCCAAGUCAACAGUGUAGAGGUUUUUAAAUCCUUCUCCAACUACUCUAGGAAUAAGCGUCCCAUAUCAUCUGUAAUCAACACUCGCUUUAUUGUUGCUAAGUUCAUUAACUCUUGACGAUUUUGUUCUUUUUGUAACAGGCGAUGAUAAUAAAAGGGAUGCUUGGUAAAUCUGUC